AUGUUGAAAGCGGAGUUGACCCCUGUGGAUGAUUGGCAUUUUCUCAGGUUCGUAUGCGAUGAAGAGGGUGUGCAAACCAAGGCAUUACACUUUCUAUUCAGUUACGCAGGCCUCCGAGGAGGAAUUUCCCCAGAGAUUUGUCAUCCAAAGUGGAAUGGUUUUCGGCGCGCAACACGUGCUGCAAAGAUUCAAUAUGACCUCUUACGCCUUACCAUUGCAGCGAACUAUUCCCACGGUGCUCGUGUGACAGGGGAAAGGGCAACCCGUCGUAAACUUGCUUUGCAGAAGUUCCUAGAGAGCCAGCCGGAUUCGUUUUUCGAGGAGUUGAAUGAAGAAGUCAUACUUGAUCGUGACCUUGGCAAUGUUGAUUCUGCACAACUCAACGUUGACUCACGGGUCCUGGUCGAAGAGUAUCUGGAAUCAGAUUCCAUUCGUAGGAAGGGCGACUAUGCUGAUGAGGAAGAUGACAAUGAUGCUGCGGCUGGAGCUGACGAUGCUGAAAACGACGACGAUGAAGAAAACGAUGAUCCCGAUGACCAUGAAAUGGGGCCUGCUGGAUGUAGUGCUAGACCUCUGAGCAAGUCAGAGCUUUAUGCUGCUUACAAAGGCAAGGGGCCUCAUGCAAUGUACUAUGACAUCAUGCACGACGACAAGCUUCGGGCUUCUGCAGAGAUUCUGUGUCAGGUGGCCAGGCCACUUCAUGAGCAGUACAGGAAUGAUUUGAAAGCGCAACAAGGUGAUUUAGAUGAGAUUCUGGCGUGGAAUGCCUCAAGGUCACUAGGGGGAACUAUGUCUGCUGUGAAUAAAAUCUUGAUGGCCUCAUCAACUUCACACCUAUUUCGUGUUAUGAGAGUUUCUGGGCAUUGCAACCCUCCUGUGGAUUAUGACCCUGUGCAGCUGGAAGAUGACAUUGUCUUGGCUGAGAAAGCGUUCUGCUUCUCCAUCCACCUCGCAGGCAACUACGCGUGGAGCGAGCAAUACAACCAAUUGACACUUCCCAUGGCAGCCGCUUCACUGCUGUCGCAGAGUCAAUGUGACAGGUUGAAAGGUCUCAAGCAUUUGAAACGGCUUGUGAAGGCAAUCACCUUGGCUGAAGAUUUGGUGUCAGGAGGGAAAAGGCCAGAUCUUGAACCAGUCCUGUCAACCUUGGCCUUCCAAGAGGAGCCCCUAGCUCGGGAACUCAUGAUUCUACUGACAAAGGGACGAUUCAACUGCGAUGAAACGUCCAUUCAAGAUUGCGUCAAGGUCAUGACUCGUUAUUGCGGCGGGUCAUCCUCCACCAAGGAAGUGCUGGAAUCAACGUUUGGCCAUCUCUCCUACUGCGUUUCUGCCAGCAACAAAAACAAAAGACUCAAUCCUCAUUGCAUUUGGUACUACGCCACAAGCAGCCCUUAUGUCGCUGCAUCCGGCAUGGACCAGCGCUUGCCCACCACUGAAGAGUGGCUUAAUUGUGCGUCUGAAUUUGGCCAAAGUAACUCUGAUAUGAUGAAGAACUUCAACAGGGCAUUUCUGCCUAACACAACGGCCUUCCCUGAGGCGCCUGGGAUCCAGAUCCCGUGCACUGUGGCUGGUGUUCAGAAAACUGAAUGGAGGCUGGCGGGGCCAGCGUCUCAUUACAAUAGCUCUGCAGCAGCUGCGUACUUGAUCUUUGACGCGCCAACAUCAUUUGCAAACUGCGUUUUCUUGGUCAAGGGCGAGAUCUACAAAAACAAACAAGGAGAAUACUUUUUGAGCUUGGGCUUCCAGCAAUAUGCUGCGCUUGGCAUUGAACUGGAAUCACACAUCAUUGGCGAGAAGGACCGUUCAAUUAUCCUGGCUGACUUCAAUUUUAACGAGAAGUCAGUUAGUACCCUGCACAAUUUCACCAUUGACGAAUCCAGCUGCUCUUGGCGCUACGUCCAUCAGCGUGUCUUGCCUCCUGCUUGCUUGCCUCAAGACAUAGCUCUAUUUGGAUUUGGGUCUGCUUUUGAGGUCACGAAGCUGGAUUCAUUACUUCGUGGGUCGAUUCAAGCUGGAAUUAGUCUGACAAUUCCAAGGUUGCUCCAAGUCUGCAAGGCUGUGAAAUGCCCUAUGCCAGCUGAGGGAAGUGGCAAGGGUGGGAGAAAAAAGAAAGUUGACUAUGUGAAAGCCCUGGUCAGCUUUUUGUGGCCGAGUGAAACCGAGGAGUUUCGCAAGGGUGUGAGACAGACAAUGAUGGGUGGAACACGCGAUGAACCAAUGGAUUUGAAUGUGCUGGCUUACAUUGCAGAGCUUGACACCGACAACCAAGAGUCAUUUAGCCGAUUGAAAAAAGACGCACAACGGCAGUUCGAAGAGAAAAUCUUUGCUCGAGGGCAUGCUACUGAAAAGAAAAACGCCGAAGCGGCAAAAGCAAGAGCAGAGAAAAUCAUGGCAGACAAGAAAUCUGCUGAAAAGAAAGAACACGUGCGACAGUGGAAUCUCACCCCGCCUGAUCUGCGAAAGCUCUUGCCAGCUGGAGGAGCGGUGGCGCCGGGCACAUUCUGGAUGCGAUGGCAUCCAGUCCAACGUUGGUGGCGCGUGACAUAUCCAACCAGACCCUUUUCUGGGUUAAGUAGAUGUUUGUGUUUAUGA